AUGAUUCGAAUACUCCGGCCAACGCCCGCACCGCUGCGGCUUGGGCGGCGUUGUCAAUGCCUACGACCUACGUACUGCUGCCCACCGCGACGGAACGUCUCCUCCAGCUCAAAUCCGUUCCCCUACCCGACGAAUGCAAACCCAACGCCGCACCAGAUCUUUCACUUAUCCCAUAGUGCAUCACGCGACCAAGUCAAAGCCCGCUACUACGACCUUGUCCGUAUCUACCACCCCGAUUCCCCCAUCAGCCGUGUUGUCCCGCCCGAGACCGCGCACUCCCGCUUCCAGUCUAUCAGCUCCGCGUACGCAGUCCUCUCCGGCAAAGCCAAGACGCAUGGCGGUCCUGGAAACGACGGUCCAGAGCAUGCGACGACGUACCAUAACCUCAGCGCAGCGAUGUGGCGGGAACGUCAACGCCGCCGCGCGGACUUGGAGGUCGGGUUCGACGAGGUGUGGAAGGACCGCAUGAUCCUCGCUGCAAUAUUUCUGGCGCUCGGCUUGUUCGUUGCCCAGACAUAUUCGAUGCGCCAGCAGGCGAUGACAGAGGCCCUCGAGCGCGCCCGACAGCAAGCCCGUGCUACCGCAGCAGUUGGUUCGCGUAGCCGGCCAGACGACAGUCUUAUUGCAGCACCAGUCCCAGCAGGUCAUGCACAGGAAGAGUGA